UAAUUUUUGGGAUGAAAUUAAUGUUCUAAAUAUUAAUGAAAUUUAUGAUCCUUUACAAAAUUUCUUAGAUAAUUGGGACAUCUUUAUGGAAAAUACUAAUGAAGCUUUGGAUAAUUUGGAAACUAAUAAUGAAAACACGUCCUUGAGUUUACAAAAUAAAAUUACUCAAAAUGAAGUAUCUAAUGAACAACAAAAUUUGGACACUAAUGAAAACUUUGAAAAUAGUUCUGAUAAAAGCUCUUCUGAUGAAAAUAAUGAACUAUCAAUAAUCGAUAAAGUCAAAAAAAAAUUUACAACAUGA